AUUCACACACACACACACACACAGAUGCAUAAAUACAUGUGUACAUAUUGCUGUUUUGAUACUCUCCAUGCUGAUUUUCUUGUGGGAUACUUUUCCAUAUACUGAUGCCUCUUGCUUCCCAUGCAUGCUGUUGUAUUAUGCCAAGGUAAAUAGUGGUUGUAAAGCACCAUUCUUUAAUUCCAGGAGUAAUUCACAUCCUGAGGAUUUGACUGUGGUAAUCAUUGGAUGUGGAAAUGUGUUGUUCACCAACCAAAUGUUUCUAUCACUUCAGCACGUUUGUCCAUUUGCAUUCAGAACCCAUUUUCAUACAGAAUUUCCAUAAACCCGAGUAGCUGCUUUGUUUACGCGACAAUGUGUGCUCAGCGUUACCAAAAGACAGCAGUGACCAUCUUUGAACUAUAUGCUUUCGUGCAUGUUUGUGCGCUUUAUUUGUGGUAGGAAGUGGCACGGCGGAGGUGCAAUGGGUGUGUCGUGUCCAGUUUCCAGUAGUGUGGAACCUGAGCUGGUGCUGCCGGUGUGACAUGACACACGGUGUUGUUAGUCACUCACUGGAGAGAGAAGAGGAGAUGACAGUUUUUUUUAAAAAGGGAUAUCCUCCUGCUGGAGCUCUCUUCUUAACGUCAAAACACAGAAAGGUUCAAAUGUUUCGGUAUUUCCUUCCACCCCCUGCAGCUUUGCAGCUUUAGACUUGUUUCCUUAAUUCCAGUUUUAUGGGCUUGGUAACGAACGUGCUCUGAAUGAGAGAAAAACACAAUUGAUGGAUGAUGAGAUGUGAGAGGGGGAAGUGAGGGGAUCGAGGCAAGGCAACGGAGAAUAAAUGGGAAGAAAGGAGACUAGAGGAAAGCGAGAAAUACAGAAGGUGAAAAUAGUGGGGAUAGCCUGAGGAGGGUGAAGAAAAAUGCUCUAAUGGGGAGUAUCUUUGUGACUCUCUCUGCUGAUGUCCCUCUUAUCAGACCAAUGCUGGAUAUGUUGCAGAGAUUCUACAAGCAAUCUUUGAUUGUGAGCUUAGGUUUUUUAUGAAUUUACAAGACCAAGAUCAGUUCAUGACAAGGAAACAUUUGAUGUAAAAGAAAAAAGCCUCCAGGGGAUUUUCACAUUUCUGCAUCACACCUCAAGCUGUCUGUUGUUCAUAUUCAGAAAAAAGAGAAUAAUUUCCGUAUAAGAGAUGACUGCAGGUUCUGUUGCUUCACACAUCCAGUAGUGCAGCUCAUGCAUAAUGCAUACUAUGGAGUUCCAGUGGAAGUUUUAGGUGAUAAAUGCAGAAUUCAUAAGACAGUUUUAGGUUUUGUUUUAUAAACUUAAUUUACUGCAUUACUGCAUGAACAAUGCUGUCAAUUUAUAUGAAUCGAAGGGAGAAUAAAAUGGAAGCUGCAGGAAAAAAACAGAACCCCGGUUUGCCGUGGAUCACAGCUGGAUGGGCAGCAUUAAAUGGAUGUAAAGCAAAUAGUAUAAAAUCCAAAAAUGCUAUCAUCUCCACAUUUGCUUUCUACCUCGCUGUCUUAGUACUUUCCAGCACUGUUUCUAUGUGGUAACUCUAAGUAACACUACCAUGUAAUCUUAUCAAAAACCCAGCUGAUGGUGCUGAUCAUGUUUUAGAUGCUAAAUUGAAUUUUCACAAUACAGUUUAAUGUGGAAUCCUGUUCAUUUUUUAAUAUUAUCAUUUUAUUUACUGCAUUCAUUGCAUUUCUGUGUAAUGAUUACAGUACAAUAGGCACAUGUAAUCCAGUUGAACAUGCUCUUAUCAUUUUGUACAUUUAUUAAUUCAUGACACACUGAUUAGAUUCGAUUUAUAAGACAUAGUUCUGGUUUCAUUUUGAUGGAUUGCAUGUUUUGUACCAGCGGCAUCCUUAGAGUGUGAAGGAUGCUCUGAAAUCCAUUAAAGGCAAAACUAGUACUGUGUCGACACCCUGUGUUUUUAACCAACCAGUUAAGCUGCUGCUGCAGGACCACAUUCAUCAGCAGCUUGUGCUAUGUUCACUCCCACAUCGAGUUUCAUAAUUUAAAAGAACUUCCAAACAAUGACUGAUUACCUGUCAAUGCUCCCAGCAGAGUUCAGCAACCAUGAACACUUGCAGCAUAUCCCUGGUGUAAACAUCCCCCCCCGGGAGACUUUGAGAGGAGAAAUCCUUCCUUUUCUUUAGCUACUACUGUUAUUGUCGGGCAGUAUAUUUUUUGGGAAUAAGUCAGUGCAAAAAUAAAUAGCCACACUGCUUCAGUGGUUAGCAUACCUUUAAAGUCAAACACCCUGAACAUAGCAAAUUGCUAGUAAAUUAAGCUUUGUAGCGAAUUGUUUCUUUGUUGAAAUAAUUUGUGUGGAAUGAAGUGAAGUGUGUUGAAGAAUAGCUAAAAUUAUUUCUCCGUGUAUGCAAAUAAUAGCUGUGGGUGUGCUGCUCAGUUGAUAUUGCCUUUUGGAGCUUUUUGACACCUAGGUAUUUAAACAAUUUUCACAGAAAGGAAAGGAAAAAAAACUCAUUGCUUUUGUCAUAUGCUCACUCACUGCAGCAAAAUUCAUUGUCUAAACUGUUUCCCAGGCUUGUGUAUCUCUAUGAAUCAGAUAAAUCCACCGCCUCCCCGUCUUCCCCUCUGCUGCUCUGCAUCACAGUUUCUGUUGCUUUUCCGUCUCUUUUCAUCACUUGGCAUAUUGCUUUAUACACAGUCCAUCACCUGCUCAUUGCGGUGAUGCCGUCUACACCUCGUCUCACAUGUCAGUCUGAGGCUUUUGCAGCAAAGGGCAUCAAUAUUGUGGGGCCCAGUAAUGUAGAGCCCCCGCCUCAGCCUCCUCCUCCAGCCAUGUACCAGCUGGAUAUUGUCCUAAAGAAAGGGAAAAACCUGGCCAUCCGAGAUCGAACAGGGACCAGUGAUCCAUACGUGAAGUUUAAGAUUGCAGGGAAGGAAGUGUUUAGAAGCAAGACCAUCCAUAAGAACCUCAACCCAGUGUGGGAUGAGAGAGUUAGCCUUCUGGUGGAAACCCUGAGGGACCCACUGUAUGUAAAGGUCUUUGACUAUGACUUUGGACUUCAGGAUGAUUUCAUGGGCUCAGCAUACCUCUAUCUGGAGUCACUGGAACAUCAGAGGGCACUGGACGUGACACUGGACCUGAAGGACCCACAGUACCCUGAACAUAACCUGGGCAGCCUGGAACUAUCCGUUACUCUGACACCAAAGGAGGGAGACGUGAGGGAUGCUACCAUGCUUUUGAGAAGGAACUGGAAACGAUCUAGUAAGUAUCAGAGUAUGCGUCUGUCGGAUGUACACCGAAAAGCCCAGUUAUGGCGAGGUAUAGUCAGCAUCAGUCUCAUAGAGGGCCAUGGCCUGCAGCCAAUGGAUGCCAAUGGUCUCAGUGACCCUUACGUCAAAUUCAGGAUGGGUCACCAAAAGUACAAGAGUAAGACAAUUUCAAAAACGCUGAACCCUCAGUGGAGAGAACAGUUUGAUUUCCACUUGUACGAUGAGCAGGGAGGCUUUGUGGACAUUACAGUCUGGGACAAAGAUGCUGGCAAGAAGGACGACUUCAUGGGACGGUGUACCAUUGACCUGUCGCUUCUUAGUAAAGAGCACACACACAAAUUGGACCUGCCACUGGAAGAAGGUGAAGGCGUUCUGGUGCUGCUGGUUACACUCACUGCUUCUGCUGCUGUUUCCAUCUCAGACCUGUCAGUCAACAUGUUGGAUGACCCGCACGAGCGGCACCAGAUCAAGCAGAGAUAUAGCCUCUGGAGGUCAUUCCACAACCUGAAAGAUGUCGGCGUGGUCCAAGUUAAGGUUAUCAGGGCUGAGGGCUUAAUGGCAGCAGAUGUCACAGGUAAGAGCGACCCAUUCUGUGUAGUGGAGCUGAGUAACGAUCGGCUGCAGACGCACACCGUCUACAAAAACCUGAACCCAGAGUGGAACAAGGUCUUCACUUUUAAUGUGAAGGACAUCCACUCAGUACUUGAGGUCACCGUUUACGAUGAGGACAGAGACAGAAGUGCAGACUUCCUGGGAAAAGUGGCUAUUCCUUUACUAAAUAUCCAAAAUGGAGAACGCAAAGCCUACGCCUUGAAAAGCAAGGAGCUGACAGGGCCAACAAAAGGGGUCAUCUUCCUCGAAAUAGACGUGAUUUUUAAUGCUGUGAAGGCUGGUCUCAGGACGCUGAUUCCUAUUGAGCAAAAGUAUAUCGAGGAGGAGCCUCGAGUGUCCAAGCAGUUGCUUUUGCGCAACUUCACCCGAGUUAGACGCUGCAUCAUGGUCCUGAUCAACGCGGGCUGCUACAUAAACAGCUGCUUCGAAUGGGACUCUCCGCAGAGGAGCAUCUGUGCCUUUGUGCUUUUUGUCGUUGUCGUUUGGAACUUUGAGCUCUACAUGAUUCCUCUGGCGUUGCUUCUGCCCUUGGCCUGGACCUACAUGCUCAUUGCGUCGGGGAAGGACACCAGGCAAGAUGUGGAAGCAGUGGAGGACCUGCUGGAGGAUGAGGAUGAGGAUUUUGACAAAGAUGACAAGGACCCUAAACCAGGCCCCUGGGAGGACAGCCGUGAUAAAAACCAUAUCCUCGAGGAUAUGUUGGCUUCCUGGCACUUUGAAUGGAUACGAGCAAUGGUGGACUCAGAAAGAAAGGGCUUCAUGAACAAGCUUUAUGCCAUUCAGGACGUGUGCAUCAGUGUGCAGAAUGCGCUAGAUGAAGUGGCCUCCUAUGGCGAGAGGAUAAAGAACACAUUUAACUGGACUGUGCCUUUCUUAAGUUGGUUAGCUAUCGUGGCUCUCGGAGUGGCCACCAUCAUCCUCUAUUUCAUCCCUCUCCGAUACAUUGUGCUGGCCUGGGGAGUGAAUAAAUUUACAAAGAAGCUACGAGAUCCCUACACCAUUGAUAACAACGAGCUGCUAGACUUUCUGUCCAGAGUGCCCUCAGAUGUACAAGUGGUGCAGUACCGAGAGCUGAAAUUGGAUCCCAAUCCCAGUCCAAAUAAAAGGAAGAAAAACAACCCCGGGUAGAUGACUGCGUCCGCCCACCAACUCCUCUCUUCUCCACUUUUCCUCACUCGGUCUAUUACUGGACACCGAGGAACAAGAGGACGACUCCUCUGGAGCAGCUCGGCUCAGCUAUCCUUUAACAUUUUUGUUUUUAUUUCCUGUUUAAUUCUCUUCAACUCGUUUUUCCUAUUUAAUUACUCAUGGUGUACAGUCGUUUCCCAAAAUGUCCUUUUUUGUAUGAAACAAAAUGAGUACGAGAAACCUCUUAAAUUAUUACCGUAACCAUAAUGCUUUAGAUUUUUUUUUAAAGGCAAGUGGAAAGGAUGGAUGAAAUGACCUUUACAUCAGCCGUGUGAGCCACUCUCCUUGCUGCUUCUCUCCAUCACUCUGACAGCUUCCCACAAGUGUCACACAAUAAGUAAAAUUAGUUUAACAUUUAUUCUCGCUGUUCCAAAAAAAGAAAAUGACACUUGGUGUGUUUAUCAGGGGAGAAGCCUUAUACCGCAUUCAAUUUUCUUUCUUUCUUUCUUUCUUUAAGCUCCCGUUUAAGUUAUUGAAUGAUUUUGUUAAUAUGUUUAUAUUUUGUAAUUGUUUUUCUACUGAAGUGUGUUUUGUUUUCUCUCCUUUCCCUCUUGGAUGUGGCAGUGUUACUUUCACUGGCAGUAAUUUGGACUGUCUCCACUUAACUCAGCCAGCCAAGUUGAUUAGCAAUUACGGUGGUAGCCUCCAGAUAUCUCCUUUUACACAAACACAAACCUGGAUCAACAGGCUGAAGGCUUGUUUGUGCUUUAAUACAAUGGCCAGAUUAACUUCCUUUUUUUUUUAGGUCUGAGUCUGUAGUAAACAAUUAGUGUUACACCUGAAAACUUUAUCAGUAGCUGUUGCCUUGUUUGACUCAUUUGAACCAUGUCAAAAUCCUCUGUCAUUCAAUGAGUCGCCUCCUCUCUCUGUCAGGCGGCACGGCAGACUGGGCCCGCCGUCGUGGUGUUAAUAUAGAUGUCACCCAGUUUAUGCAGAGUGUCGUCAGGCAGCCGGGCCUUGAGGCAGCCGCAGCUCUAAUCUUGUUUGAAAGGCUGGUCUCCUUCCCUCUCAUCUCCCCCAUGUGUUUUCCUCGGUGGCCACACGCGAGCGCGUUCACGGCCACACGCACACAUGCUUCUGCGCUUAAGCAUCUUGUGUUUCGGAGGCACAAACAUCCUCCUCUCGCGUAAACGCGCAGUUCCUCUCAGAGAUCUCGAACACGCACGCCUUACUGUACCUACACGCUGACAGAUGAAAAACAUUGUAUUGGAACAGGAACAUUCUCCCCGCUCUCAGGCACACGCGCACCAACAACUGACACACAAACGCAAACAUGCUUUCUGUGAUGCUGUGCCCCAGGCUGGCCGCCCUCUCCAUCUGCCCCACCUCCUGUGCCCAAAGCUCAACUUUGAUCAGUCUUUCCAGAGACAGAGGCUUGUAUAUGUGAACUGUGUCUGUAAGAGUGUUUGCGUAUACGCAUUUAUGCAAUCAAAGACGAGUUGCUUUUCUUAGUGUCGGUGUGCGUUACAGUUGUAUCUCCCCUCCAGCUGUAGACUGAUGCCUAGAUCCAGUCGCUGUGUGUGUGUGUGUGUGCGUUGCAGCAGAAGUGCCAGCUGUUACUUGGUGUAGAGUUUGCUUAGAUGCUAGAUGAGCAGCAAGUCAUUGUGUGACAAGGCUCCAAGGGGACUUAGGCCUGAGAUGUCAGGGAAGGAGGAGUGUAUGUGUGUAUGUGUGUGUUUUAUGCUAUUUCAGAUCCUUCUUCCCGUCAUGCUUCCCUCCAUUUGCUCUCUCUGCGGUUCCCUCAUUCGUCAGUGAGCGGGGUUGCGACCCUGUCUUAAGGGAUGGUCUCCUGGGCUUCUCGCUGAGCAUCUCUUGAAAGAUCACAGCACAGGCUACAUUUGAGGAGGUCUGCUCUCAUCCUAUUGAUCCCUGCCUCCAUCUCUCAGCCUCUACUUCUUUAGCUUUGCUUGCCCCCCCACCCCCCUGUGUCUGUCUGUGUCUCUGCCUUUAUACUCUAAACUCUCUUCCCACCGCAACUAGCUCUCUUCUGCUAUUUUGUCACCCUCUCACUUCGUCUGUCUACUCUCUCCGCUCCCUCCUUCCUUGCCCAUCCAUCUCCAUGCUUAAAUAUCAACAGGCUCAGAUCUGUCACUCCAAAGGACCACUGCUUUUCUUUUUCUUUUUUUUGUUAAGGGAAUCCACUUGAAAGACAAUAACAGACUAUCCCCUAAGAGCGACGUCGCUAACUGAUUACAGCCUCCUCAGCAAACCCACUCUGUGACUCGUGAGGGAUGGCUUUGUAUAAUGCCUAAAGGGAUUGCUAGAAUACCUGAUGUGUAUGCGUCUACUACUAUAUGUAGUCAUUUUACAGCAAAUUGUGGUGACUAUUGUGCGGCAUUGCAUCCAAAAACUGUCUCUCACUCCUUUUCUCGUCAUUAUAUUUUGUUUGGGCUCUGUUUUAAAGCAAACCAAAGUGUUUUUAUUUUGUAUGAUGUCAAGAAGAUGAGUUAUAGAAAAGGAAUGUAUCAGGUUGACAGUUUUAAAGAGAAAAAAAAAAGCACUUUUAUUUGCACCAAGUUGAAAUGAGACUAUUUAUUUUUUAAACCGUACUGUACAUAGCUAAUUACUUGUUAAUUUAUGGUUGUAUUUUAUACAGUAUGCCUGUCAAUGAUCUGGUGAUGAUGCUGUAAAGUAGGUGUAUGCCUGCCUCAUUUUCUAAGGUCUGUCUUUUUCCGCCUGCAAUGUUGCCUGCCUGUGACAUCAUCUUUAUGUGCCCAGUUCUGACCAAUAAGAGUUUCAGACAGCAACGCUGUAGAAGCCAAGACAGGGUUGGGUCAAAUGAAAAUGUGGUAUAUAUUUCU